UCAGAGACUUGUGUCACGUGAUCCUGUUUGACGAACUGAGCCAGAACUGAGUCGUUACUGUAAACGUAAACUCAGUCCACUGAAUACUCCCAAGUAGCAAUUUGUAAAAUUUAUUGUUACCUUUCCUUGAGUCCAAUUUUUCCAAAGUAACAGUAAUAUACUCUUACUUGGACCUCCUUGUGUGUCAUCAAAUGACUGCACUAGCUCAACAUUUUUGCACGGCUGCAGGUGGAAUGGAAAAGUUUGUUUUGGAGUGGGGAGGAGAGAGAAAAAAUUGGAUAACGGUGACGCCAGGAAGGGAGGGCGUGGAAUAUUAUAAAUAAGGCGAUGGUGGAACGAGGAAAAAAAAAAACCCAAAACGUUUGUUCCUAACGGUGUGUCUACACGCAGGUCAGGUUGGGCGCUCUUAAACGUCUUGUCUGGCAACAUGAACCGAAUUAUUUUGCAGCUUUUCGCCGUGGGAGUCUGCUUUGCAAUCGGCCAGGCUCUGGAGUGCUACGAAUGUAAAAUUGGCUUCUGGAACCUGUGCAUCACCAAGAAGAUUACAUGUGAAACAGGACAGGAAUGCUUUACCGGCAAAGGCUCUGCAGCUGGCUUCGUUGACGUCACCAUGAAGGGCUGCUUAGCAAAGAACGAGUGCAACUCCUCCAAGGAUGUGAAUUUCCCCUCCAGCAGCAACACGACCAUCUACAAGAUGAAGAAGACGUGCUGCAACACACACCUGUGCAACGGCGCGCCAGGAAUCUUGGGGGGGUCGCUGGUGCUCGCCAGCGUCGCUGCUCUGUUGACUGCCAACAUGCUGGUGUAGCCGGAUGUGAUGUCACAUUUGUCCUUUUCUACAAGGUCCUUCAAGUGAAAUAAUUUUUUUUUUUUUUGUUGGUUUUGAAAUCAUUUCAAUGGCUCAAGCUGAUAUUGUGUAGUUUAGAUAUCUCGAUUGCCUCAAUCUUCAUUUUCUGCCAUUCUUUGACAAAGUGUAAAUCUGUAACACUGAUAAAUUAAUAAGUUAACCUUUUUUUUGUUAUUGACGGGAAAAUUGCUCUGCAUGUUAAUCCUACAGCAGUUGGAUGCAAGGUGUUUUUUUUUUUUUGUCUAACAGUAAAUCAUUGAAAGUUUUAUUUUCUCACUUCCAAUCAUACGAUCAAUGACACAUUAUCAAUAUCAAACAGAACAGAAUAUGCCAUGUCAGGUGUUUUGACUGCAUUCCACAUCAAACCCGCUCAGACGACUUCCAGUGGACACUGUUGUAUUUUUCCGAAGCUGUGCACAAUUUUAUAUGUUUGAAAUGGCUCGUUUAAGAUUCUAUCGUACAUAUGAUGCAAUAAAGUCUUGAAAUUGGGAAGAAAGUCGUAGUUUCUUUGGUGUGCUGCCGUUUUGCUGACUCCAUCCAGGCAGGAAGAACCAGUCUCUCCUGUUUCACAUCCUGUUCCAAGUGAAUGACAACUAUUUCAUUUAUCUUAAACCACAUUUUAAGCGAAUCAAAUUAGAUGCUUUGAUUGAGAGCUUUUCCUGCAUUCAUUUGUACUUGUUCACUGAUGUGGUUAAAGCUUUUUUUCCCCUUUUUUAAUAUGAAUAA